GGGGAGGAGUCGGGGCCACCCCCGCCCCCAGCCCCACGUCGGUGCCACCCGCGGAGAUGAAAUGUGAGCCCGGGUGGCCCAGGACGCCGGAGCGGCUGCCUCGCCUGCCGCCUGAGCGCCGCGGGCAGAGACAAAGAGACCUCGGCCCCAGCGCAGCCCCGCGCGCCCCGGCCGGGCUCCCCUCGAAGACGCUCAGGGCAAUGGCCCGGUCCCCGCGCGACCCCCCUCUCGGGAGCGCUGCCCUCUCCCUCUGACCGCGCUCCGGCUCCUCCGCGGCCCGGGCUCUCCCUUCUCCCCCCCCAUCAGCCCUCUCUCCAGUCUGUGCGUCUGUCCGUCUGUCCUGGCGCGCAACCUCCGGCCACCGGCUUGGAUGGACGCGCUGAGGCUGCCCGGGGGUCCAGGAAUCUUGCUUCCGAAGCUGGUCCUGCUCUUUGUCUACGCAGAGGAUUGCCUUGCUCAGUGUGGCAAAGACUGCAGAUCUUACUGCUGCGAUGGGGCCACGCCCUACUGUUGUUCCUACUACGCCUAUAUUGGGAAUAUCCUCUCGGGCACCGCAAUUGCUGGCAUCGUGUUUGGAAUUGUAUUCAUCAUGGGGGUCAUUGCUGGGAUUGCCAUAUGUAUCUGCAUGUGCAUGAAAAACAACCGGGGGACCCGGGUGGGCGUCAUCAGGACCACCCACAUCAAUGCCAUCUCCUCCUAUCCUGUGGCACCACCGCCCUAUAGUUAUGACCAUGAGAUGGAAUACUGUGCCGACUUGCCGCCUCCCUACUCUCCCACCCCACAGGCUUCCGCGCAGCGUUCUCCACCCCCUCCUUAUCCUGGAAAUUCAAGAAAACAGUCCUUCUCCCAGAACAGAAUAUGUGCCAAUCAGAGAUCUUGCUUGGAAUAAAAGGCUUGCUCUAAGGAAUAUAUUUUUGGGUGAAACAAUACGUCAAGUGGAAUGUCCAGGCUAAGAAACACUGAGUUUUUAUCCUUCUCUGAGCUGACCCCAUCUGACGUACUGCUCGAUUUGAUGGUGUCAUAUCUGAAGAGAUGUACCAGUCAAUAUAAGCACAUUCAGAGAAGAGUAACAAGAUAGACAAAACAUCUGAAAAUCAUGUUGCUUAAGGAAAUUGCAAUACUGAUCCUGGAAAAGAGAAGAAUUAGGAAAGACAGGAGGACAGCCUGGACUGCCUAAGGAGACAACUAUAUUCUGCAUUGCUUUAAAAGUUGGAACAAGAAUUAUUCAUUCUUUCGUUCAUCAAUAAAUACUAUUCAAGUGCCUAAGAGCUCACUCUGUGUCUUCCACUGUUUGUGAAGCACUGGAUGGAAGCUACAGGAACUUUGGUUUCUGGAUGAGAACAAGGAACUUUGGUUUCAGUAUAAGAAAGAGGAGUUGGAGCUUCCUUAUUCACUGGAUUGUUUUGUGAAGUUCUCUAUUACCAAGACUUCAAACAGAAUCUGUCUAUCUGAUAGAGACAUGCUCUAGAAAGGACAGCUAAAUCAAAUGGUAGAUGGAUCCACUGGGCCCCAAACAUUCUGUUUAUGUUUUAGGUAAGUGUGAAGUAAGUCUCUAUGCCUCCAAGAAUUAAAACAACUGGAAGAGUUGAAUCUUCUCUAUUUAGUUUGACAGCUAAAACAGGAUCAAAGGGACUCAACAGCUGCUUAAAGCCAAGUGCUAGCUACUGCUAUCUAAAAAUCAUGUGACUUUAAGUAGUGUUUUAUUAUGAAAAAGGUUAUUCCAACUGUGGGGGGGGGGACCGUAUUGAGUUCCACAAGCGACAAAUACUUCUCUUCAGAUUAAGAGAUUAGAAGCCAAAUAUUCCCAUGGGAUUUUACAUCAAGGAGUAGACUCGUAGAACUUGACAAAAAAGAUAUACAACAAUUUACAAAAAGAAGAGAGGAAAAUAAAAUUUGGAUUCUGUUCUGUGGAACUCCAUUCAUAUGUAGCUUAGUCAAAUUUGUUUCCCUUUUCUUUUGUAAUACUUUAAAAACCUACUCCCUUGAAAAAGUUAUACAGUUAAUAGAAAGGUUAUGAUAGUGACACCAAACGAUUGCCUUUUGCCAAAAUCCAAAUGUUACGAAGUGCCUACCUUCAACUAUAAAAGUUUUUUACUAAAUAAUUCUAAUGUGCCAUAUUUUGCUGCAAGUAACCUUAGCAUUUAUAUUUUUAUGUGGGUCCUUUCAUGUUUUUAAAAUUUACAUUGACAAAAUAUUGGGGGAGAGUGAUGUCACCAAGAUGGUGACAUACAUCAUUGCUGAAUUUGCUCCCCCUCACAAGAAGAACAAGUAACAACUAUCCAAAACCAGACACCACUGAGAGAAUCCUAGAACACAGGAGUGAGGCUGAAGCACCCCCUGAACUUCAGAGACCAAGACAGACUAUAGUAGAGGGGUAAGAGAAGCGACUACAUGUUGACUGCAUUGCCCCUCCCUCAGGACAGUGCAGCACCACGGGAAGAGAUAUCUCCUGAGCCUCCAGUUCCUCCAGUGGAAAAGAGAACCCAAAGGAGGACAACUAACUGCCCUCCCCGCCCCAGGAUGGUGGAUCACUCUGUGGCAACCCCUACUCUGAUCUCAUACCACUGGAAUUGCAGGGCUCAGCCACUGUAAAUAUAACUGUGACAGAGAAUGAGGAGGAGCUUGCAACAACCAGCCCAUGGAUGUUGGCAGACCAAGUUCAUACUGGCAGUGCCCAAAUAGUAAUCUCAACCAGGGGCUUUGCUCAUCUGUAGAGCCAAGUUGGGAGCACACUCUGACCAGGGAACCCAGAGGGGUGCAGAUCUGCCUUAUUCACAUCCUCAAACAAGAAGUUUGUCAGCCCUACAGCCCACUUUUCUCACACCCAGGAAGGGUACUGAGUCACAGCCCCGCCAACUGUGGAGAUUGCCUUCAGCCCCAUCUGACCGGAAGGGCUAGAGACGGCUCCUGGAAGCUGCGUGACCGAGUGACACUUGAGCUGAAAGAAGAGCAGACAGAGGUGAUAGUUUGCAGAGCCAAUGGCCUCAUUUGGCCAGGGAACUUGUGGUGUGGGUCUGCUUGAGUUAAGGCAACAAAGAGCUGUACUGGUUUUAGAGCUGCUCCUCUUCUUGCAUCCAGGCAGGGAAUCUAAUUCAUAGCCUUGCUUAUUGCUGAAGACAGCCUGCAGCCUAUCUGAGCAGGGAGCUUAACCAGAGCACACAGGAAGCUGCAUAGCCCAUCUAACAGCCCUACAUACCGUGGGACUCGAAGAGAGUGCAGCCCUUGGCUUCCUCCAUCUGCAGAGCAUCACCUGACAAGGGAAUUCAGUGGACACUCAGGCCUGAUUUGUGCCCCAAACAAUGAUUUGUAUGGGUCCUGAGCCCUGGCUGCUGCCCUGCCAGAGCAGAGAAGCAGGUAAGAUAGCUCCAUCUACUACUGAAUAUGGACCCAGUCCCAAACAUCUAGUAAGUCUGAGCAGAGAAUAAGACAACAGAGGACCCCAUCCUAUAGCUUCAUAUGGAUAGGGAACCAAGCCAGCAAUCAUAUCCAAGUAUUUUCAGCCAGUGGUAAACACACUCCAUCCCUCUCUUCAGUGUUUGAAUAGAUGCCUUGCCCAAAGAAGUCCAUAAUAGCAGGUCCCACCUGCCCAAAGGCAUUCCAACAGACACACCCACCUAAAAUGAGCUGACUACUGAAGAGCUAUUUCUGCCAAAACAAACCUGUAAAGUCUGGAAAAGGAGGUUAAUUACUCAAAUGCUCAGGGCUACCUGGGUGGCUCAGUCAGCUAAGUGUCUGACUUCAGCUCAAGUCAUGGUUUCACAGUUUGCAGGCUCAAGCCUCACGUCAGGCUCUGUGCUGAUAGAAAGCGCCUAGAACCUGCUUCAGAUUCUGUGUCUCCCUCUCUCUCUGCCCCUCUCCAACUCUCUCUCUCUCUCAAAAAAUAAGUAAACAUUAAAAAAAUUUUUUAAUUACUCAAAUGCUCAGAUACCUAUGCAAGAAAUCAAGUCUCAUGAAAAAUCAGGUAAAUACGUCACCACCAAAGGAAACAAAUUAAGCCCCAGUGACUGACCCUAACGAAAUGGAAAUCUAUAAACUAUCAGACAAAAAAUUCAGAAUAAUACUCCUAAGGAAGUUUAGUGAAUGAUGUGAAAGCAGAGACAAACAACUAAACAAAAUUAGGAAAACAAUGCAGGAACAAAAAGAGUUUGACAAAGAAAUAGCAACCAGCAAAAAAUCAAAACAAAAACAGAAAUCCUGCAGUUAAAAGAUACAAUAACUGAACUGAAGAAUUCAAUAGAGAGUUUCAAAAGUAGACCUAAACAUGUAGAGGAUCAAAUCAGCAACCUGAAGGAUAGGGCAUUGGAAAUUACCCAGUCAAAGGAGAAAAAUGAAAUUAAAACGGCAAAGAAAACCCUAUGGAAAUUAAAGGAUAAUGAAAACCAACAAUAUUUGCAUCAUAAAUUCCAAAGGAAUAAAAGGAGAAAGGGACAGAGAGUCUAUUUAGAGCAAAAAUGGUUGAAAACUUACUGAACUUGGGGAGAUAAAUGGAUAUCUAGAUCCAUGAGGCCCAAAGGAUCCCAAAUAGGUUGAACCUAAGGGUAUAGGGCUACUCUAAGAGACAUUAUAAUUAUAUUGCCAAAAAUAAAAGGCAAACAACAACAACAUUUAAUAGCACCAGGAGAAAAGAGAACUUACAUACAAGGAACCCCCCAUAUGACUAUUGGUGAAUUUCUCAACAGAAACUCUUCAGGCCAGGAGAGAAUGGGGUGACAUACAAAAUACUAAAAGAAAAUAACUGUCAACAAAAAUUCUAUACCCAGAAAAGCUGUCCUUCAAAAAUGAAGGAGGAAUAAAGAUUGUCCUGAACAAACAAAAGCUGAGGGGGGUUCAUUACAACCAGACCUGUCUUGCAAGAAAUGCUAAAGGGAGUUCUUUAACUCCCCUUAUAAUUAACACAAAAAUAAAAACACAAAAAGGUAGCAUGAAUCUCACUGACAAUGGCAAAUAUAUAGUCACAAUUGGAUUAUGCAAUAUGGUAAUAGUGAUACACCAUUCACAACUCUAGUUUAAAAAUAUUUUUUAAGAAUGUAGCAAAAAUAACCAUAAAUACAAUAACCUGUUGUUAUUUGCACCAUAUCAAAAAACCAUAAAUUGUAACAACAAUAAACUAAAAUGUGAGAGGCAGAGGGGAGCCUAGGAGGCUCAGUUGGUUAAGCAUCUGACUUUGGCUCAGGUUAUGAUCUCACGGCUGGUGAGUUCAAGCCCUGCAUUGGGCUCUGUGCUGGCCGCUUGAAGCCUGGAGCCUGCUUCAGAUUCUGUGUCUCCCUCUCUCUCUGCCCCUCCCUUGCUCGUGCUCUCUCUCUCAAAAAUAAAUAAACAUUAAAAUGUGAGGGGCCGAAAUAAAAAUGUAAAGUAUAAAAAUUCUAUUUAAGUUAUUAAUAGGUUUAAUAUAGGUUUAAAAUAGAGUGUUAUAAGUUUAAGAUAUAUUAUGCAUGCCUCAUGGUAACCACAAGGGAAAAUCUUGUAGUAAUAACACAAGAGAACACAAUAAAUAAGUCAAACUAUAUUGAUACAAAAAAAAAAAUCAAAAACACACACAAAAAAGACAGCAAGAUAGGAAACAAGGAACAAUGGAUCUACAAAAGAAUGAGAAAAAAAUUAGCAAAAUGGCAAUAGUAAGCCCUUACCUAUAAAUAAUUACAAUAAAUGUAAAUGGAUUAUAUUCUUCAAUCAAAAGAAUGGCAGAGCGGAUAAAAAAAUUCAACAAUAUCAGCCUUAAAAAAGACUCACUUUAACCUUAAAUAAAAGAAAAAAAAGGCAAGUAUAGCUACACUUAUAUCAGACAAAAUAAACUUUAAAAAUAAUAAAAAAAGAGUCAAAGAAGGUUAUUAUGUGAUGAUAAAGGAACCAAUACAUCAAGAAGAUACACAAUUGUAAAUAUUUAGGUGCCCAAGAAAAGAGCACUUUAAUACAUAAAGCAAAAACUAACAGAGUUAAAAGGAAAAAUAAACAGUAAUCCAAUAAUAGUUGGAAACUUUAAUACCCCACUCUCAACAAUGGAUAGAUCAUCCAGACAGAGAAUCAAUAAGGAAACAGUGGAUUUGAACAACACUAUAGAACAAAUAGACCUAGCAGAUGUACACAGAACAUUCUGUCCAACAGCAGAAUACACAAUCUUCUCAAGAGCACCUAGAACAUUUUCUAGGACAGACCAUAUGUUAGGCCACAAAACAGGCCAGCAAAUUCAAGAAGACUGAACUCAUACCAGUAGUGUGAAACUAAGAAUCAGUAAUAAGAGGAAAACUGGAAAAUUCACAAACACAUAGAAAUUAACAUUUUCCUGAGCAACCAGUGGGUCAAAGAAGAAAUUAGAGGAGAAAUAAAAGUUUAUUGAGACAAAUGAAAAUGGAAACACAACACACCAGAACUUAUGGGAUGCAGCAAAAGCAGUUCUACGAGAGAAGUUCAUAACAAUAAAUGCCUACAUGAGAAGUAAGAAAGUUCUCAAACAACCUAACUGUAUGCCGUAAGGAAUUAGAAAAAGAAGAACAAAUUGACCCCAAGGUUUGCAGAAGAAAGGAAAUAAGAUCAGCACGGAAAUAGAGAAUAGAAACACAAUAGAAAAGAUAAACCAACUAAGAGUUCUUCUUUGAAAAGAUAGAAUUGACAAAAUCCUAGCCAGACCAACCAAGGAAAUAAGAGAAAAAAAUUAAACAAAUCAACAAAAUUACAAAUAGAAAAAGAAACAUUACAGCUAUUACCAUAGAAAUUCAAAGGAACACAAGAGACUGUUAGAACAUAAAUUAGUGCAGCCACUAUGGAAAAUAAUAUGGAGGAAUCAUUAAAAAAUUAAAAAUAGAACUACCAUAUGAUCCUGCAAUUCUGCUCCUAAGAACAUAACCAAAGAUACUGAAAACACUACCUCAAAAAAGAUAUCUUGUACCCUCAUAUGAGUUCAUAACAGCAUUAUUGACUAUAGCUGAGACAUGUAAACAGUCUAAGUAUCCAUCAAUAGAUGAAUGGAUAAGGAAGGUAUGGGGUGUAGGGUGGUGUGUGUGUGUGUGUGUGUACACAAUGGAAUGUCAUUCAGCCAUUAAAAAAUGAAGAAAUCCUACUAUUUGGGACAACAACAAUGGACCUUAAAAGUAAUAUGCUAAGUGAAAUAAGACAAAAAUAAUCCUGUAUGAUCUCACUUAUAUGUGGAAUCUUAAAACAGUAACAACUCAUAGAUAAAGAGCUCAGCCUUGUGGUUUCCAAAGGUGGGAGGCGGGAGGAGGGGGGAUAAGAGGAAGGUGGUCAAAAGCUAUAAAUUUCCAAUUUAAGAUAAAUAAGCACUAGGGAUGUAAUGUACAACAUAAUGACUAGAGCUAACACUGCUGUAUGGUAUAUAGAAAAGGUGUUAAGAGAGUAAAUUCCAAGAGUUGUCAUCAGAAGAAGACAAUUUUUUCUUUUAUUCUUCUUUACUUUCCUUUUAUCGUAUCUAUAUGAGAAGACGGAUGUUAGUUAAACCUAUUGUGGUAAUCAUUUUACAAUAUAUGUAAAUGAAACCUUCAUGCUGUGUGCCUUAAACUUACACAGUGAUGCAUGUGAAUUAUUUCUCAAUAAAACUGAACAACAAAACUGUGUAUCACUUCUAUUCAUUGAAAGAACACUGUGAUAAUCAUAACUUCCUAGUAGCUGGUUAGAAAGAUCUUUAUUGCAAGUCUGCCUAAACACUGCACUGCAUGCCUAAAAGAACACUGGGAGCAGAUGAUCAAAUGUUUGUGUCAUUUGGCAAUUAAAUCUAAAAAGUUUAAUCCAACGUCAUUAUUAUAAUUUGGUGAAAUCCCAAAAUGACACUAAGAAUUUUGCUGAAUAAAAUAAUCAAAAGAAAUGCCUUAAGGUUUAAAAUUACAGUUCAGGUCCUCGUAGUUAGGAAACUUAGUAGUUAAUAUACGUAGCAUAUUUUUCUUUCAAAUACAUUGAUCUGACUGAAAUGCACUCUGUCAGUGAGAUCUAAAAGAUGGAUUUGUUUUGAAUGUACUUGCUUGAGUCUUAGGCACUGACGAUUUUCUGGCUUAUAAGACACAAAGCAUUCAAGAGCUCCAGCCUAUUCUAGUGACUGAGAUUUUAGCAUAGUUUUAACAGUACAUGUGCUUUAUCUCUCUCCUGUAAGUGUGAUCACAUCCAAUUACACCGCAGCUAUGUGACUCAGUACUGGGGUCUCUGUGAUGUUCACAGUGUUGGUUGCAAAUGAACCGUAAAUUCCUUAGGAAAAAUGGAGAGGAAAGGAGCAGCGGAAAUUGAAUUCUCAUCAUCUUCACCAUCAAUAAACAUUUACUGCGUACCUCCUAUGUUCUGCAAACAUUACCCCCAUAGGAGCCAUUUCAGUCCGCACCAUAUCUCUUCUUUGAGUUGUUUUACGGCUACCCUUAAGGCUCAGCACAGGCCCAAAGACCUACAACCGAUGACUAUUUUUACUAUUUGUAGUUAGUGUCACAAGAGCAUAAAGGUGAACGUUACCAGUGUAGACUUUUGGAGCUCACUGAUAUUUUCAUAGAUGAUACAUCUGAAAGGAAAACAGCAUAUAAUGUGAAAGCUUUGAAUUACGGUUGUUCAAAAACCAAUGUGUGUGCUGUGGCCAGUGUCUGCAAUAUGCAAUAAAGUGAAAUGACUCAUUA